AUGGCUACAUUUUCGAAGUUUCGGCUCGACGUUCCUAGGCGACAUCUCACAGAAUCCACAAUGAACGACGCGCCUUCAACGCUUUUCUGGGACCUCACUCAGUCUGGAUCGUCGCCCACGUCUGCGCCUAGUGGCUCUCAGAAGCUCUAUGGGUGUUUUCUUUCAGAUUCUGAGUCAGGGCGAUAUCCUCUGUCUUGGAGUUCUUGGGAAGCGUUCAAGUUUCUGUCCUUUUUGACACAAGAACAGGUUGCAAACUCGAUUGAACUUCGACGCGUUUCUUCGACGACUGGGGCUGAGCGCUACCUGGAACGAACGGUUUACGUUUGCGCAUGGUAUGGGACUUGGGGCAAGAAGGACUACGAAAAGAAGCCAGUUAGCCGGACGGCCGGUUUGAUUACCGGACCCCAUUGUCAAAGGGGCGGCCGGACCCUGAACAAUCCACCAGUAACUAUGUGUGGGCCAUCAGCAACAAUGUCCCACACCACUGGAGCGGCUGGGUGUACCUUGAAUGUCAUAACCCUCUGCGGGGUUGCCCUCCGCCAGGGUGUUGGUGACAUGCCGGCGGCGAUCAUCCAGUUGAAUACUUAG